CGGACUGAUGCAAUAUGAUUAAGGCGGCUUGAAGCUUACAACAAACUGUGUUACCAAAUGGGGAGAGUCGCUGACUUCAAAAAGUACAGUGUACACUCGGUUCAGCUCGUUAGCCAUGUGUUAUGAAAUACUCCUUCGCAAGGUAAAAGGUAACACCGUGAUCGUCGAAGUUGAUGCAUUCGACGUAUCAUGUAUGGGGAUGAUGAAAGUAGAAGAUACACCACAAAUCCAUGGAGCUAUAAAGGACGGAAAAGUAAUCUACCGGUGUAAGAAUACAAACACAAGCGUGCAAGAGUCAACAUGAGCCAGGUUCCCAAUCACGAUUUUUAGAAUGGUCAGAAUGGCUGCUAAACUGAGUGCCGAUUCUAUGACGAAGUGUGCUGAGCAUGGUCGAUGAUGCAUCUACAAGCAGCAUUAUGCAUUUGUACUUUGCUUCAAGUUAUGAGAGUACAUACUAUUUACUGUUGGCAGCAGCCCGCUGGGCACGCCUUUUAGCUCUUGGCCGCUUCGCGGACAAGUGUUCAUCGUUACUAUCAGAAGGGUCAGAGGACUGCUUAUUGUCCUUCUUUGCCUGCUUCUUGGCCUUGUGUUUUUUAACUGCGCGAAUAAAUAACAUGAUCAUGGUGGAAUGAAGAAGAGUAAGAGAAAGAGGAGUCCUGGUAGAUCGUCGAGCCCCUUUCCUUGUUACCUAAUAUACGAGUCAUUUGUCAGCCGCGGCACUCUUCAAAAAAAUCUUGUGAAACGCAUCUACAACAAGCAGGCGUGUAAGGUCAUUUCAUUACUUCAGAGUCUGGUCGACGACGAUCAUGG